CUGAACAGUGAAUCAAUCUUUGCAGCCUCAGGUGUGGGCCCGCGAGCUGGGUGAAAAAUGGUCCAGACUGGCGGUUGGGCGUAUUCACGAAUAUAUCGCGUAUUCAUCCAGAGGCCCAAUUGAGCUGAUGAUGUUUUUGUCGAGGGCAUCUUUUUCUUGAAUAAAAAGUCCUCUCCACACAACACGACGAAGGUGUCCUGAUACCGAGCAAAUCCCAACCACCAGCGCGACAGCUCAACUACGAACGCGCCUUGAGUCAUCAGCAACAGAAUUCCUCAUAUCAUCUCGGUAAGGUAUCCUGCCAUCUAACCAACUAUGAGAUUUCCCUACGAACAGCUGACCUCAAUAAAAGCAUUCUCUCUUAUCUAGCCAUGGCCAUUAAAUCCUUGAGGGAAGAGUCGGAUCUCACGGACGACCAGAAGAAGAUCCCGGAGAAGUGGAUCAAGGACCUCGCGACCUGCAACCGAAUGCCCAACGUCGAUGCCACGGAGAUCAGAAGCAAGAUUUGGGGUCGCGUGUUUGACCAUUGGAACACUGAAAACAAGAUACCCCAGCCUAACAAGGCACCCAAGAGACGCAUCGCCGCCAGCACCGUCCACAUCGGAACCCUGACCGACGAUGCGCCGCUCGCGCACAAGCGUAAUCGGAAACGUCCCGAUGUCGUGCCAAAGCAGCGCCACGCUGGACAGCCGGUAUUCUUGAAGACCAAACUCGAGCUGAAGAGUUUAGCGACUUGGCCAGAUAUCUCCUUCAACUUCUGUGAUGCCAAAGGAUCUGACUUCUCGGGCAACUACCAGAUCAAGUUUGACUGGCUUCCCGACCGCGACCUCUUCCACGCCAAGCAGGAAGUUACUAGUCAGUGGGAUACCACUGAGCUCCAAUGUGUCGGACGCGCGAACGUGGAUCUUGUGGUAUACUGGACUCGCAAGGCAUUGCUGUCCUCUCUGGCUGCUGAGGCUGCUGUGGCCCCUGGAGCUGCCGACGCGCCUCGCCUCGCUGGUCAGCAGGGAAACGAGACCGACCAGGAGUCUGCUGACAGCUCGGAUCUCAUGCACAUCUGGCUCUGCAUUGAUGGCUGGAAGGGAAUGCAUGAGGCCUACUUGGCGUACCAGCAGCAGGGCCCUGUUGUGGAUAGCAUCCACGCGUAGCCUGAUGACUAGAUGUGUUCUCGGCUCUUGGUUCUCGCUUUUGCCGCUACUGCUUGUUCAGCUGCUCCUUUCCGGAAUAAAUACGUUUGUA